AAACGACUAUACAUACUUCUAGCUAUAGCUAUUUAUGUAUAAGAUAUGAAGCAAAUAUUUGAUAGAGUGAGAUACAAAUUUUCAUAAAAACUCCUUACCCAAUAACAUAAAAGACAUAGACAUGGUUUUCUGAGGAAAAAUUAAGAAGACAAGGCAACAUCAAAUUGGAGGAGGACAGAAGAGCAGAGAGAGGCAGAAAGAUAUUGUUGAUAAAUUUUUUAAAAUAUGGGGUUGUCAUCGGGGGUAAUCUGAAACCUGAAGUUCCAGUUGGGUUGUUUAUAUGAUUUAACAGGUAAAAAGCCUGCACACUUUAAUGAAAGGGAAAAGAAAUAAAAGGCUAGUGAAAGAAAGAGGUCUUUCUCAAUCUCUCCCAGCCUAUAUUAUUUAAAACAUAUGGGUCUUAUAUUCUCUCUAGUUUUUGUAGACUGAGCCAAUCUGUCUUUACAUUUAAAGCAUUCCUUUUAUUAAUGACAAGUGCAGAGCGAAGUAAAGAGAAGAUUGAAUAGAAUCUUCACCCAAUGACCAAGUGAACAACCCCAUGUCCUUUCAAAUUGAAGGAACUUUGGUAUUCAUGCCUUUUGUUUUAAACAUGGAUUUCACUUUCUUUCACAGCUUCUAGCUGUCUUCUGCUGAUUAAAGUCAGAGAAUUAAUGGUGUUUAGAUUUUUUUCCAGGUGAUCUGAUGAGAGUUAUCCCUUCCUUCCCCAUUUAACAUAAUAAUGUGGUCUUCCUUGUAGAAGGUUUUAUAAAGAAAGCUGUUUUAGGUCAGUGAAGUGAAAGCAUUGGUGGUUCUCUCAGUGUAUGGAGGAUCAGGUGAAGAAUGUCAAAGCUGUGAAUCUGGUUGGACCAUGUAUAUUGGCUCUGAUCAUGAUGAUGAAGAACAAAGUAAUGAUACUGGAGAUUAUGUUGAUAAUGAUAAUGGUAGUGAUGAUGAUGAUGAUGAUGAUGAUGAUAUAGAUGGCGAUGGCGAUGAUGAUGAUGAAAGUGAUGAUUCCAUGGCUUCUGAUGCAUCUUCUGGCCCAAGUUAUCCUUAUGGAAAUGGAGAGGGAACUCGUAAGCAUAUUGAAAAAGUGGAGGAUGAUAGCUCAGGCAAGAAAUCUAAAAGACAAAUGGAAAAGCAAAAGGCUCAAGUUCAACUUAGAAGAAGUCAUGAAGAGAAAGAAGAGGCGAUUAUGUUUGCAGCUGCAGAAAGAGCUUCUGCUCAAAGUGAUUCCAAGGUAAGAACAGCAAAUGUCUGGAUAGGCAAAAGAAAGUAAAAAUAUGUUUCCUUUCCUGUUGUUUUAAUUUUGGUUGCCUUGCAGCUUAGUAGCUAGAAUGGCUGAAAAUAAAUGUACUUGAUCCAAAACAAAGUACUUAAUUAUGAUUAUUAAU